AUGGAAGACGUCACCAAUCCCUUCUCGACCUCGCCGUCCCGCUCACCCUCGGCUACACCUACUCGAUCGCCCGUGUUAUCGCGAACGACCUCACACUCGUCGACGAACCAGCGGCCCUCGGCACCUGGAUCGGUCGCAGGUGCAUCGAGCCCGCCGCCCACCCAGCGGGCGUCCUUCCCCGAUCCAUCCAAGGAGCCGAGGCGCGGUACCGGUGUUCUGCCCGGCCCGAAACCGAAAGAAGGGUUCUGCUGUGAACGCGACCGUCAGAUCGCACAGGGCGAGGAGAUCUCCAUCAUCGAUGCCUUCAAGACGACCGAGGGAGGCAAGUCGUCCUACAUCACCUACGUCAUUCGUAUUGGAGCGUUGCAGGGUUUGUACCCCGUUCUAAUCAUUCCUCCGAUCCCGUCCAAGCAGAGCAUCACCGACUAUGCUGUCAAGGGCCAGUCGAAGACGAAAGAGGACGUCGCAACAAUCGCCACCCGCAAGCGUCUCUUGGAGGACUUCCUGCGCCGUGUCUGCCGACACCCCAUCCUCGGAGGCGAACAUGUAUUCCACCGCUUCCUUGAGGACGGAUCCGAGGUGCUGCACUCGCCUCCUAUUUCGCUUCUGCCGAAGAAUCCGCUCCAUGCGCCCUCGCAUAACCCCACCUUCGAGGACGUUAACGGCAACGAUGACCCGGACAGCACGUCGAGCACAUCAUACAUCGCGCAUCAUCUCUUACCGAAUCCGUCUCCAACUCAUCCUCUGCAUCGCCCGGACCUCCGUUUCCAGGAGUCGGAGGCGUUUACCGACAAGUUCCAUCAGCACUUCGCCCAUAACAUGGAAAAGGUCAACCGAAGAGCUACGAAGAGGUGGUCUGAGCACGCAAGCGACAUGAGCGAACUUGGUGCCCAGUGGAACGGGUUCAGCUUGAUGGAGAGCGGACCGCUAGGAACGGCGAUCGAGAAGGUCGGACAAGCUGUUGAUGCGGAUUUCCUUGCCACGACUAAGAUGGUGAGUUACAAUGGACUGUUGUUGACUAACCCUCAGCUUCAAGACUGGGAGCAGAACGCGAGCGAGCCGCUUCACACGUACACGCAGUUCGCCCAGUUGAUUAAGUCCCGUCUAUCCUUCCGCCAUCAGAAGCACGUUCAGUAUGAGCUUGUGCAGGAGGCUCUCGAGAACCAACGCGACAAGCUGGAGAUCCUGGAGGCGGCGGAGCGAGAGGCGAGGCGAUUGGAGCAAGCUCUGGAGCGUGGCGGUGUUGCUGCUGGUGCCUCGGCUUCGGCUCCGUCGUCACCACCGGCGCGCGAGGACAGCAGCAUCCCCGAACUGGCUCGUCCGUCAGUCCGUCGCUCCGGACAGUCGUUCGGCCUCCUGUCCGCAGUCAAGCACAGUCUCAGCGGAAUGAUGGAUGUGGAUCCGGAAGCGACUCGCCGCGCCAACAUCGCCAAGACCAGGGAUAACAUCUCUCAGCUCGAGGACUCGCUGCAAGCCUCGGCGCAGGACUUGAAAUACGCGUCGACGACGCUGCAGGCGGAUCUGGACCGGUUCCAGCGACAGAAGGUCGCGGACCUGCGCGAACUUACGAUCCAACUCUCGACCAUUCACCGUGAUUGGUGCAAGGCGAACCUCGAGGCGUGGAAGGCGGCGCAGGCUGCCAUUGACGAGAUCCCAGAUCACCCGAACAAGGUGCCGGCUGACGCGGCGGCGCGCGUUGCUUCGAUCGACCGUGACAGGGAUCUACCGCCUGUACCUCAGCAGGAGUCUCGCCGUAGCUCAGUCGCCCACGGAAGCCCCGCGAAGCGCGACAGCCUCAGCAUGGGCGGUGCACGCAGUCCCUCCAAACCUCUCUCGCCGGGAAUGGGUGCGCGCAGCCCUUCGAACGCCUCGAACCCGCUCCCCAAGAUGGGCCAGCUCAACCUCGACAGCCCCUUCUCCGAGACGCCAUUCAGCUCGCACCCGCUCGGCGAGCCGUCGGCCCCCGCCAAUGGCCUGGACCCGCUUGGCGGCAGCAUGAUCUCGCCGCGGCACACGCCGAAGCCGGCCGAAGACGCCGACACGCCCAAGUGGCCCUCGUCGCCUGUUAAGUCCUCCCCGCCAGAGCAGAAGUCGGUCGACGUCCCGCCCUCGCCAAAGAGCACGCAGGCGGUCAAGUCGCUGAACGAGGAGGCAAGGGACGAGGACGAACCCGUCGAGAGCAGCAAGGGCACCCUCGUGGACCGGAAGGACAGCGCGGGCUCUGUCGGCAGCAAGUUGUCGACUACCAACAUCAAGCCCGCCGACAUCACCAAAGACACGAAGCCGAAGACUGAGGACGUUGGCCCUCUUGGCCCGUUGUAA